AUGUCGAACCCUCAAUCACCCUCGCCCAGCGAAGGCGAGAGCAAGCGAGGCGAAGUCAGUUAUCGCUUCUGUCAAGAAUGUUCCAAUCUACUGUAUCCCAAAGAAGAUCGAGCCACAUCCACCCUCCUCUACAUCUGCAAAGCCUGCCACGCGACCACCACCCAUGAUUCCGCAUGUACAUUCCGUCAACAACUCGGUGCCAAUGUACAAGAGACGGCCGGAGUGACCACCGAUGUUGCCAAUGAUCCAACUGUGGCUGAUGAGAUGCUUCCCAAACUAGUUGCCUCGGACUCAAAAGACCUGCCCUCGGUGCAACGAAAGAGACGCGGUAUACUUUCAAUCACAGCAGCGGGCAGCAGAAACCGGAAUGGUGAGUAA